AAUAGCAAGAAAAUUGGAGUUGUGUUUAGGACAAGGGAAGAGGCUUUUAUUCCAAAGAAGAUGCGGCUGAUCAUGAAGGUUUUCCUCUUGCAAAUUUUAGCGUUUCUAGUUUUUGGUGGUGGCAUUCAUUGCCAAGCUUCAACCCGUGGGCUUACUUUUGUGGUGAGGGAAGCUUCAUAUACAAGGCUUUGUAGCACCAAGAACAUCUUAACAGUAAAUGGACAAUUUCCAGGACCAACUAUAUAUGCUAUGAAAGGAGAGACGAUCAUUGUCGAUGUUUAUAACAGGGGAAAAGAAAACAUCACCAUUCACUGGCAUGGGGUGACCAUGCCUAAAUAUCCAUGGACAGAUGGUCCUGAGUAUAUCACACAAUGCCCAAUUCAGCCAGGGUCAAAGUUUAGACAGAAGAUCAUCCUUUCCUUUGAGGAAGGCACUCUAUGGUGGCAUGCUCAUAGUGAUUGGACUCGAGCCACCGUUCAUGGAGCUAUAAUUGUCUAUCCCAAGAAUGGAACAAAGUAUCCUUUUUACAAACCUAACGCAGAAGUUCUCAUCAUAUUAGGAGAAUGGUGGAAGAGAGAUGUGAAUGAGGUUCGAGAUGAAGGGCUUGCAACUGGAGCUGACGCCAAUGCCUCUGAUUCUUUAUUGAUAAAUGGACAACCCGGUGAUCUACUUCCAUGCUCAAAAUUAGACACAUUCAAGCUAACAGUGGAUCAUGGAAAGACCUAUCUACUUCGCAUAAUCAAUGCUGCCUUGCACGAGGCUCUCUUUUUCUCCAUUGCCAAGCAUAAAAUGACAGUGGUUGGAACAGAUGGUAGCUACACGAAACCAUUGACACGAGAUUAUAUCACAAUAUUUCCUGGUCAAACCUUCGAUGUCUUACUAGAAGCUAACCGACGCCCGGAUCACUAUUACAUGGCGGCUAAAACUUAUUCCGAAGUCCCGAUAGCUGGUAAUAGAUAUUAUGAUAACAUAACCACGACAGCUAUUGUACGGUACAGGGGAUACUACACUCCAUCUUCACCUCCCUCCUUGCCUUAUCUUCCUGCAUACAAUGACACAAAUGCAUCGGUUCAGGUCAUGGCUGACCUUCGAAGCUUAGCAAAUCCCAAACAUCCUUGCAAUGUCCCAUUGAGCACGAGUACUAAACUGAUUUACACUAUUUCUGUAAACUCGUACCCAUGCGUCAAUAAUUCAUGUGAAGGGGCCAAUGGGACGCGGCCCGCCGCAAGUAUAAACAACAUAACCUUCCAUACCCCAACAGUUGACAUACUGGAAGCUUACUAUUAUAACAUCAGUGGUGUAUAUGGAGAUAAAUUUCCUAGCGUUCCACCACUGGUGUUCGAUUUUACAGCUGAUUAUCUUCCAUUACUUUAUCAGUUGCCGAGCACCGGAACAGAAGUAAGGGUGCUCGAGUAUAACUCCACAGUGGAGAUUGUUUUUCAAGGGACAAACUUGGUUUCAGGGACAUUUCACCCCAUACAUCUCCAUGGACAUAGUUUCUAUGUUGUUGGAUGGGGAUUUGGGAAUUUUGAUGAAAAUAGGGACCCUUUGAGCUAUAAUUUGGUGGAUCCUCCCCUUCAGAAUACCGUCUCUGUUCCUACGAAUGGUUGGGCUGCAAUUAGAUUCGAGGCAUCCAACCCUGGAGUGUGGUUCCUGCACUGCCAUGUAGAACGCCAUCUGACUUGGGGCAUGGAAACAGCGUUCAUAGUGAAAAAUGGUAAACACCCAGAAGCUCGAAUGCUGCCUCCUCCAUCUGACAUGCCACCAUGUUGAAGUUGCAAAUAAAUAACAUGCCAAAGAUUUCAUUGAAUAUUCGUAUUAUUCAGCUUUCAUGAUUUAUUUUCUGCUCAAUUAAGAUAAAAAGAAUAAUGUAAAGUUGCAGAAUAUUGUGUCUGGGAUUAUUAAUGUCAAUUUCUUGGAUUGAAUAAUCUUUGAGAUAUGCUAUGGUGGAAUUUGCCAUGGCAGUCUUUGAUUA